AUGUCAACCACACACAUAGAGACCCACGUCCAGUACAACCACUCGUACAUGAUGACGGAGGACUACAUGGCACAGGAAGAAGACUGGGACCGCGACCUGCUGCUCGACCCAGCCUGGGAGAAGCAACAGCGAAAGACAUUCACAGCCUGGUGUAACUCUCACUUGAGGAAGGCAGGAACGCAGAUUGAGAACAUUGAGGAUGAUUUCCGGAAUGGCCUGAAGCUCAUGCUUCUGCUGGAGGUGAUUUCAGGUGAAAGGUUGCCAAAGCCAGAUAAAGGGAAGAUGCGCUUCCACAAGAUUGCCAAUGUCAACAAGGCACUAGACUUCAUCGCCAGCAAGGGGGUCAAGCUGGUAUCUAUUGGUGCUGAGGAAAUUGUGGAUGGGAACCUGAAGAUGACUCUGGGCAUGAUCUGGACAAUCAUCCUUCGAUUUGCCAUCCAGGACAUCUCGGUGGAGGAAACCUCAGCCAAGGAGGGGCUGCUGCUGUGGUGCCAGAGGAAGACUGCUCCCUACCGGAAUGUCAACGUGCAAAACUUCCACAUCAGCUGGAAGGAUGGCCUGGCACUCUGCGCCCUGAUCCACAGGCACCGCCCUGACCUCAUUGACUACGCCAAGCUCAGAAAGGAUGACCCCAUUGGGAAUCUCAACACAGCCUUUGAGGUGGCUGAGAAGUAUCUGGAUAUCCCUAAAAUGCUGGAUGCAGAAGAUAUUGUCAACACCCCCAAACCGGACGAGAAAGCCAUCAUGACCUACGUCUCCUGCUUCUACCAUGCCUUUGCAGGUGCAGAGCAGGCUGAGACGGCAGCCAACAGGAUCUGCAAGGUGCUUGCUGUCAAUCAAGAGAAUGAAAAGCUGAUGCAGGAGUACGAGAAGCUGGCCAGCGAGCUCCUGGAAUGGAUCCGGCGCACCAUCCCAUGGCUGGAGAACCGCGUGCCAGAGAAGAGCAUGAGCGCCAUGCAGCGCAAGCUGGAGGACUUCCGGGACUACCGGCGCGUGCACAAGCCCCCCCGCGUGCAGGAGAAAUGCCAGCUGGAGAUCAACUUCAACACUUUGCAGACGAAACUGCGCCUCAGCAACCGCCCGGCCUUCAUGCCCUCUGAGGGGAAGAUGGUCUCUGAUAUUGCAAAUGCCUGGAAGGGGCUGGAGCAGGUUGAGAAAGGCUAUGAGGAAUGGCUGCUGACCGAGAUCAGGCGCCUGGAGCGCCUGGACCACCUGGCUGAGAAAUUUAAGCAGAAAGCCACUCUGCACGAGACCUGGACCAGAGGGAAGGAGGAGAUGCUCUCACAGAAGGACUACGAAUCGGCAUCUCUGUAUGAGAUCAGAGCCCUGAUGCGCAAGCACGAGGCCUUUGAAAGCGACUUGGCCGCCCACCAGGACCGUGUGGAGCAGAUUGCAGCCAUCGCGCAGGAACUCAAUGAGCUGGACUACCACGACGCAGCCUCUGUGAACUCCCGCUGCCAAGCCAUCUGUGACCAGUGGGACACCCUGGGGACACUCACUCAGAAGAGGAGAGAUGCCCUGGAGCGUGUGGAGAAGCUGCUGGAGACCAUUGACCAGCUGUACCUGGAGUUCGCCAAGAGAGCUGCCCCCUUCAACAACUGGAUGGAUGGGGCCAUCGAGGACCUUCAGGACAUGUUCAUUGUGCACAGCAUUGAAGAGAUCCAGAGCCUGAUUACAGCCCACGAGCAGUUCAAAGCCACCCUGCCUGAGGCUGACAAGGAGCGCAUGGCCAUCCUGGGCAUCCAGAACGAGAUCCAGAAGAUUGCGCAGACCUACGGCAUCAAGCUGUCGGGCUUGAACCCUUACACCAACCUCUCGCAUCUCGACAUCGCCAACAAGUGGGACAGGGUGAAGCAGCUGGUCCCACACCGUGAUCAAACCCUGCAAGAAGAGCUGGCAAGACAGCAAGCCAAUGAACGCCUCCGACGCCAGUUUGCCGCCCAGGCUAACAUCAUUGGUCCCUGGAUCCAGACAAAGAUGGAGGAGAUUGGUCACAUCUCAGUGGACAUCAGCGGGUCUCUUGAGGACCAGAUGAACCACCUGAAGCAGCAUGAGCAGAACAUCAUCAACUACAAGGCCAACAUCGACAAGCUGGAGGGAGACCACCAACUCAUCCAAGAGGCCCUCAUCUUUGACAACAAGCACACCAGCUACACUAUGGAGCACAUCCGGGUGGGCUGGGAACAGCUGCUGACCACCAUUGCCCGCACUAUCAACGAAGUUGAGAACCAGAUUCUGACCCGCGAUGCCAAGGGAAUCAGCCAGGAACAGAUGAACGAGUUCCGGGCCUCCUUCAACCAUUUUGACCGGAAGAGAAACGGAAUGAUGGAUCCUGACGACUUCCGGGCCUGCUUGAUCUCCAUGGGAUAUGACUUGGGCGAGGUGGAGUUUGCACGCAUCAUGACCCUGGUGGAUCCAAACAACACAGGCGUGGUGACCUUCCAGGCCUUCAUUGACUUCAUGACUCGUGAGACAGCUGAGACAGACACCGCCGAGCAAGUCGUGGCUUCUUUCAAGAUCCUGGCUUCAGACAAGAACUACAUCACGAUAGAAGAGCUACGUCGGGAGCUGCCACCAGAGCAGGCCGAAUACUGCAUCAGCAGGAUGACGAAGUACACAGGAGCUGACGCUGUGUCCGGCGCUUUGGACUAUGUCUCCUUCUCCAGCGCCCUGUACGGAGAGAGCGACCUGUGAUCUCCCUGCUCCCCGUCCCACCCUGCCCACCUACCCCAAUCUCACCAGAAACAAAAAAAA